AUGGCCGAGAAGUUUGACUUCCUCAUUGUUGGAGUUCCGCUUUCCCCGAUCCACAAUUGCAUCUCCAUCGGGCAGGAGCUCUGCCUCAGGGGGCACAAUGUCACUGUCAUCAGCUUUGCAGAACGAGGACGGCAGAAGGUGGCGAAGUAUGCUUCGAGUUGCAAACUGAAUUACAUCAGCCUCGGCGAGCUUCCGGUGAGUGAUGACAAGGAGGAGGAACUGGCGCGGCAGAUGCUUUCCUCGAACAACACUCUGCGCCAGACGCCUUUCAUGGUCAAGAACAUGAUGAAGCCCUACUUCGAUCCAUUGAAAGACGGCGUGGCGAAGCUGCUCAAGAGCGGGGAGGUGAAGCCGUCCUUCGCUCUCCUCGCACUUCCCUUCGGUGCUGUGGGCCGUGAGCUGCAGGCCUACGGUAUCGACUUUGCAGUGAACGUGCCAACAAUCCUCAUUCCACCAAUCAGCCCGUGGGUGAAUUCCUUUAUACCGAUGCCGAUUCACCUGGUGAAUCCGCACAACAUGACCUUCCUGGACAGGCUUCUUGUGAUCGGAAGCAACUCUCUGAUGAACUUUGGACGGCACCUGGGAGCGGCUGCAGGCUUUCAGUUUUCCUUCAUGCCGGAUCUCAGCCCGGAGAUGUGGAGGGGGCAUCUGACAUUCGUGAACAGCAUCCCGGGUUUUGACUACCCGCAGCUACUGCCACCUUUGGUGCAGUACACAGGCCCGGUCGUUGAUGUGAAAAAGAUGGAGCCCUUCCCAGAAGAAGUGGAGUCUUGGUUAGAGGCUGUACCUGAUGGCAUGCCGGUGGUCUAUGUGAGCUUUGGAACAGUGGUGCGGCUGACUCCCGAGAGGGUGGCUGCGAUGCUCUCCACCCUCACGUCUACCGAGUACUUCACACUGUGGGCCCUGCCCAAACCACAGCAGGUCCACUUGCCAGAUGCACUACCCUCGAGCGUGAUGAUCCACCAUUGGGUCCCAACGGUGCGGUCGCUGGCGCACCCAAAGGUGAAGGCCUUCGUGUCCCACUGUGGAGGAAACUCGGCUGUCGAGUGCAUGGCCAUGGGCAAGCCGCUGGUCGGCUACCCACAGUUUGGAGAUCAGAUGGCCGUUUGUCGGCGAGUUGCAGAUGCGGGCGCAGGGAUCACAGGUCCGCAGGGUGGCUGGGUCCAGGCACAGGAUGUGUCGCACGUCCUUUCGGAGCCUCGCUAUGCCGCACGGGCGAGGACCAUGUCGCGGCUUUUGGAGAAAUUCGGGGGCACGUCCCGAGCCGCCGACCUCCUCGAGCUGGCAGCUGGCGGCGAUUUGGCCCUGCUGAAGACUCCUCUGGAAGGAUCUGCUGGCGCCAGCUUCUUUAUGGCAGGCUAUGACCUUUUCAUUUACGCACAGCUGUUGGCGUUCUUCCUGUUCUACUUGUGCUGCUCAGCAGAAUUGGAGAAUCCAUCAGUAGCCUGA